AUGUCUUCCGCUAAUCUUACUGAUAUGCUGCAGUCCCACGACGCCGUUCGGAAUCGCCCCUAUCCCCUGGACAAUGUUGCUAAUGUUCCCCUUUUCCUCUCUCUUUUCGGAUCAGUGAGAUCUGUCCCCGCCAAUGAUAGCGGGAAGACUGUGAAUUCGUGA